CCACCGUUUCCCUGCGAGGACCCGGCCGCCGGGCCCCCUGGGUCAGCAGCAGCAUGAGUCUGGGCAUCAUGGAGGAGGAAGACCUGGCAGAGUACUUCCGGCUGCAGUAUGGGGAGCGCCUGUUACAACUGCUGCAAAAGUUCCCCAACAUUGACGAUCAGUCGGAGUCCCCAUCCAUCCGGCUCCUGGAGAAGAAGAAGGAGGCCAAGAUCAUGCACCAAGUUAUGGAGCAGAAGAAGGAGACAUUUCAGCGUAGAAUGGAAACCCUGAACCUGCGCUGGGAGGAGCUGGGCAUCAAGGAGGCCCAGCUGAAGGCCCACAUCCAGAAGUUUGAGCAGUUCAUCCAGGAGAACGACCAGAAGCGGAUCCGCGCCCUGAAGAAAGCCAGCAAGGAGCGGGAACUGAAGAGGCAGCGUGUGCGAGAGCUGGCCAAGGCCAAGCAGGAGUUGGUGGCCUUGCGGCUGGAGCACCAGAAGCUGAGCACAAAGCUGCAGGACUACUCCAUCUUCAACAAGUACCUGGAGAAGGUGGUGGAGAACUCGGAGUUCGAGGAGAUCCACGAGGUGAUUGCGCGCUACAAGACGCUGGUGAGCAUGCACCAGGACCUGAUGCAGUCGGCGCAGGAGGGCCAGGAGAAGAUCGAGCGCGCCAAAGCGCGGCUGGCGCGCUACAUGGAGGAGAAGGACGACGAGAUCCUGCAGCACAACAACGAGCUGGCGCGACUGCAGAUGCGCUUUGACCGCGCCCGCAGCGAUGUCAUCGUCUGGGAAUCUCGCUGGGCACACAUCCAGAACACUGCCGCCAAGAAGACCCUCUUGCUUGGCACCAUUAAGAUGGCGACACUGAACCUCUUCCAGAUCGUGAGCAAGCAGCUGAAGGAGACCACCACCGUGUCCCUGGAGGACACGCAUAAACAGCUGGACAUGAUCCAGCAGUUUAUCCAGGAUCUGUCGGACAUCUGGGCAGAGGUGAGGAAGAAAGAACAACAGCAAGUCCGGGUUUAGGGAGCAGCCGCGGUUCCAGAAUGUUCUGAGACAGAGACGGAGAGAAGAUGGGUUCCUGGUGAGCUUGCAGUCCCGUCAGCCCAGUCCAGCUGUCUGGGGACCCCUGUGCCUUUCUGCUGGCGAACACCCUGCCAUUUUCCUGCCUCAGGCCUCCGUCCCUCCCGUCCCUGAAAACAUUAAAUUCUGUAAGAUGUUUGUUUCU